CUCACAGUUUCACGUGCCUUUCGUAAUAUUAAUACGUAUUACGUAUAUUAGACUAUUAGACGAGAAACGGAGAAGCGAUCAGCAAAAUGUAAACACUUUAGACUUUACAUAAAACACUAUUUUUAGAUGUUACGAACCGCUGUUAUUGAACAUAUAAAAUUUGUGUUUUUUUCGCAUAUCUCAACGUACUUCUACAAGACAAAUUUUAGAUACUAAUUACGAUCACAACAAAAUUUAUCAUCCUGUUUUGAUUGCAUAAUCUUUUCAUUGCAAGAUGAGGUGGAUAUCAAAUUUGGAUAGAAAGUUUGUAGUACCCAUUUUAAUUGGCAUAUCCUUGACAACUCUUAGUUGUAUAUCCUUGGCAAUAUUGUUCUAUCCUGUAUUUGAAAAGGAUGAUGACACAAGAGAUGAUAAAAAUAAUACAAAGAGAUCUCAUAAGAUAAUAACAUCCAGAUGCACUACAGUACAAUAUAAAGUGCCUAAGCAAUUUGCAUCUGCUAUAAUUGGUAGAGGUGGUUCAGUGAUUCAAAAGAUACAAGAUACAACUGGCACACACAUUACAAUGAGUAAAAAUGAUAUAGAGUCUCCGGAUCGUGUCUGCAUCAUACAGGGUAAUGAAAUGGAAGGCAUUCGUUUAGCAGAAUCAAUGAUCAAAAACAUAAUAGACAAUCAGCCUAUCAUUGAGACCUAUGAAUUGUUUGUGCCGUAUGAAGCUUGCGGAAACUUUGGAGUUCUAAAAAGAAAUGGGGAUACUGUGCAGCAAAUACAAAGAUCUUCUGGUGCAAAACUCAUAAUGGAGAAUAGUGGUAUUUAUAAAUCUGAAGCUGGAUGGAAAAGGAGAAUAAUAAUAAAAGGAACUGCUGAGCAAAUAGCAUUAGCAGUUACUCAAAUAGAAGAUAAAGUCCGAGAAGAAAGCGAAGCUCAAGCUCAGCUGAAGUGUGAAACAGCAACUGCAAGAACGCCUAGAAUAUCCCCUAGUAAAAACAGUGUUAAAGAUAUAAUGGACAAUCAGCCUACUAUCGAGACUUAUGAAUUUUCUGUACCAUAUCAAGUUUGUGGAAGAAUCAUAGGAAGAAAUGGAAAUACUAUACAGCAAAUACAAAGAUUCUCUGGUGCAGAAAUUGUAAUUGAGAAAGAUCUUACUAAUAUAUGUCAAAACGAUGAAAGGUGCGUAUUGUUAAGAGGAACUGCUGAGCAAAUAGCUCUAGCCGUUACUCAGAUAAAAGAUAAAAUUCAAGAGGAAAACGAAACUCAAAUUGACUUAAAUGAUGACUUCACAAUCACUGUGAAAAGAACACCAACAUUCGAACCAUCUCUUAACAACGAUGUUAACAUGUCUGACAAUACUUCAGAGACUUCGCAGAUUUCUUUACCACAAGAAGAUGUAAUGGAAGUAUAUGUAUCUGCGAUGGAAACACCAAAUAUAUUCUGGAUUCAUGUGAUUGGCCCUGGAAACACAGCUUUAGAUAACUUAAUAUUCGAAAUGACAGAGUAUUAUAAUAAAGAGGAAAAUCGCGAAUUUCAUGCUUUGAAAAAGAUAACUCCAGGUCAGAUGGUAGCAGCCAAAUUCAGUUAUGACAACAAAUGGUAUCGCGCGGAAAUAAUAACCAUUGUAGGAGACUCUCAAUGCGAGGUCUAUUACGUCGAUUACGGAGAUAUUGAUAUCAUUUCCACAGACGACGUGUUGGAGUUAUGUACGGAUAUGUUGAGUUUACGAUUGCAGGCCGUGGAGUGUUCACUAGCGAAUACGAAGCCACGAGAAAGCGAAUGGAGCCGCGAAGCUUGCGACAAGUUCGCCGAACUUGUUCAAGUGGCGCAGUGGAAACCCCUCAUCGCUAAAGUUAAAGGCUAUAAAAAACGUCCGAUCGGUUACGGAAAAUCUCGCCGUGAAGGUUCACCGAUUCCUUGCAUCGAUCUUUACGACAAGGAUGGCGAUAAGGAUAUUAAUAUUAAGGAAACUUUGAUACGUUUGGAAUUGGCUCAAUUCGAGGAAGAGGUCUGUUCAACCGCGAGUUCCACAUUAUCACAAAAUAAGCAUGAUCUUCCCGUUUUAUCUUCUCCAUUGGUUGAACAAGUUUCGAAUGAUUGUCGCGGUAAAGCCGAUUUUACUACCUCAACCUGCAGAAACGAUUGACUCAUCAAUUUUUCUAAAACAACUAGUUUUACCGCAUUAAUUAUAUAGAUUCUUAUUAGAGAUUCCACUUUCCUAUAAUUUUCUUAUGUUAAAAGUCCAAUCUAUAUAUUAGGCAUUUAAAUUUCAGAACGAGAUACUUAGCGUUAAAUGCGAUAGUAAUGCCGAUAAAAGACCAAACAAACGUGUCUUUCGUUUAUUAUAUAUAUAUAAUAAAACCUGAAACGUUACAAUAUAUGGUUAUAAAAAUUUAUUAUAGAAUUACAUAUAUCCAGAUAGAUUAAUAUAAUAAUUGGUUCGCGAGUAAUGAUAAUGAUUUGCGAAUAGUUAAUUGAUUGAUGAAAUGAGACAUCUAUCCUUUUCUUGGGGAUUGUAGUUUUUAUUAAUUUCCUAGUAUUCAGAUCUUGUUGUUUUUAAGUUAUUUUCAAUCUUAUCAUUUUCAUAAUCUUUCUAUCUUACAUUGUGAUGCAGGAAAUGAAAAGCAUUUUUUAAGAUAUAUGUACUUUUUUCAUGUUAUUAUGGUCUUUAUGUAAGAUAUUAUUAUUUUUAAUCCGUUUGUGUUGGAAUUACACAACUCACACUUGUGCCAUGAAACAACAACAAUAUUGAUUUAUUUUUUAAGAAUUCGUAAUAUUUAUUUUUAAAAUUAUUUUCUAAUUAAGGCAUAAUUAUGACUUCUAUAGCAUUUUGUUUUGUAUUUAAUUUUUAUAUGUUUUUAUUAAUGUUAAUAUAUAAAAAUCUACAAAAUACAAAAGCGAAAUAUGCUUCAAUAAUUAAAUUGCAACACAACAGAAUAAUUUUUAGCGAUUGCUUUCUUAGGAUAAGAGAUAUUGUUUUUUUUUAAUAAAAUAAAAUUUUUCUUACUAAAUA